AUGGAGUCUACGCAGCCUCCCCCGACGCUCACGAACCCUCGGUUCACAUUUGAAUUGGAGUUUGUAUCGUCUCUCGCCAAUCCGUACUACCUUUCGCAUCUCGCGGUCACCUAUCCGGGCCUCCUGGGCAUCUCACAAGCCGAUGAGAACGACGACGAUUCUGCCUCUUCCCCAGAUGCCCAAGCCUUCGCCGCAUACCUGGCCUACCUCUACUCCUACUGGAAGACACCUGAAUACUCUCAAUUUUUGACCCAUCCCGGCCCAACAUUGCGAGCUCUACGACUGCUGCAGGAAGACACUUUCCGCCGCGAUAUCAUUUUGCCCCAAGUCAUCGAAGGUCUGGCCGGUGUUGCCAUGCCCAUCGAAAAUACACAGAAAGGAGAAGCGGACGCUUCAAUGCAGAACGCCGAGACGCAAGACGAGCAGAAUGGGACAAAGACGUGA